UCCCGGGCGCGGGGAGGGCGGCUCGGCCGCCCUGUGGGUAGUUGCUCCGCUCCGCAAUUCCAGGAGUGGGAAGAUGCAACUUCGGGCGGCGAGGCGAGCGCUGGGAGGUGGUUUUUACCGCAGUGGAGGGGCGGGGUGGGGGCCGGGUGGGAGCGCGGAAGAGGCUCUGGCUUUGUACACUUCGUCAAAGGCGACGCGGGAGGAGGGGAGCUCGGAUGCGCUCUCCAUCCAUUAGGAGACAAAGAGCAAAUUGCCUUACUUUAAAGUAAAACGCUCUGGCUAAUGAAGGUGCUCUCUGCCGCCCGCCAUGCUUUCCAGGUAGGAGACGCACGUCGUCCUGGGAGGUGCGUCUCUGCAGCCGGGAAGCCAAGGCCCCGUCGGAAAAUGGAGAGAUAAGACGGCGUCUGGCAGGCCUGUGCGACAGAAAGCCGUGCCCGCCCCUGCCGGGGAGCCCCUGUCGCGGAGAUGGAUCGCAGCCGCGAGGCCGAGGUGGAGCUGAGGAGGGGCUCGAGCCCCGGCAGGGCCAGCAGGAGCCCCGAGGCGGACGGGGACAAGGCCGUGAGCCACAGCUGCUGCAUCUGUGGCAAAAGCUUCCCCUUCCAGAGCUCCCUCUCGCAGCACAUGCGCAAGCACACGGGGGAGAAGCCCUACAAGUGUCCCUACUGUGACCACAGGGCCUCGCAGAAGGGCAACCUGAAGAUCCACAUCCGCAGCCACCGCACGGGCACGCUGGUCCAGGGCCACGAGCCGGAGGCUGGCGAGCUGCGGGUGUCUGAGGGCCUGGAUGGGUGCACCAGCCCCACGAAGAGCACCUCCGCCUGCAACAGGAUCCUGAACGGGGCCACCCCGGUGGACAACGGCAAGAUCCUGCUGAGGAGCAGCAAGAAGGAGGCGGAGGGCGCCGCGGGCGCCCCGGGGGAGGGCCAGGCCGCAGCCCAGUGCUCCUUCUGCAAGUGCAAGUUUGAGCACAGGAAGGACCUGGAGAACCACGUGCGCCAGGCUCACAAGCCCUUCCGGUGCCGGCUGUGCAGCUACGUGACCCUCCGGGAGGAGUCCCUGCUGAGCCACAUCGAGAAGGACCACAUCACCGCGCAGGUGCCCAGCGGUGCCGAGGCGGACGCGGAGCACGGCAAGCCCGAGCUGACCCCCGGGGAGUUCCCCUGCGAGGUGUGCGGCCAGGCCUUCAGCCAGACCUGGUUCCUGAAGGCUCACAUGAAGAAGCACAGAGGCUCCUUCGACCACGGCUGCCACAUCUGCGGCCGGAGAUUCAAAGAGCCGUGGUUCCUCAAGAACCACAUGAAGGCGCACGGCCCCAAGACGGGGAGCAAGAACAAGCCCAGGAGCGAGCUGGACCCCGUCGCCACCAUCAACAACGUGGUGCAGGAGGAGAUGAUCGUGGCUGGCCUGUCCCUCUACGAAGUCUGCACCAAGUGCGGGAACCUGUUUACAAACCUGGACAGCUUGAACGCGCACAACGCCAUCCACCGCCGGGUGGAGGCGGGUCGGACGCGGGCUCCGGCCGGGGAGGGCGCCGUGGUGCAGGGCGGCCCCCCGGACUCCCAGCAGCUCUUCCUUCAGUGCCUGAACCUGCGGCCCACGGUGGCCGGCGCGCCCGCCCGCGGGCAGGCCGGGCGGCGCGUGGCCGAGCUGGACCCGGUCAACAGCUACCAGGCCUGGCAGCUGGCCACCCGGGGCAAGGUGGCCGAGCCGGCCGAGUACCUCAAGUACGGCGCGUGGGACGAGGCGCUGGCCGGGGACGUGGCCUUCGACAAGGAGCGGCGCGAGUACAUCCUGGUGAGGCCAGAGAGCGCAAGCGCGAGCCCGAGGCUGCGCGCAGGGCCCCCGCGCAAGCGGGCGGCGCGCCCGGGGACCCCGCGCCCGGGCCCCUGGACGCCCGUCCCCUCUCGGCCCCACCCAGCUCUCCUCGCCUCCGCCGUCCCCGCCGGCCACGGCAAGUCCUCCGAGUGCUUCGAGUGCGGCAAGAUCUUCCGCACCUACCACCAGAUGGUGCUGCACUCCCGGGUGCACCGCCGCGCGCGCAGGGACCGCGACGGCCCCGGGGAGCGCGCGCCCCGGGCGCGCUGCGGCUCGCUCAGCGAGGGCGACUCGGCCUCGCAGCCCAGCAGCCCGGGCUCGGCCUGUGGUGCCGCCGCCGACUCCCCGGGCUCGGGCCUGGCCGACGAGGCUGCGGACGAGAGCGGAGAGGACGGUGCGGUCGACCCUGCUCCAGGGGGAAAGCCUCACCGCUGCUGCUUUUCCGAAGAGGUAGCUUCGACUGUGCUCUCCAACGGAGACCGGACUCCCGCACCUGGAAGUAAGGCGUCAGAGACACAUAGCGGUGAGCCCGGCACGGGGAGCGCAGCUUCUGCGUCCGCACUUGGAAACAGGAGCAGAGACGCCUGCAAGAGAGCAGAGCAGCCGAGGUUUUCUGUGGACCUAAAGAUGCCCGCGUUUCACCCAAAGCGGGAGGUCCCCACCCCCAGGGACACUGCAGACUUCCCUUCGCUUUCGGACCAGACUUUUCCAGAAGGAGAUCCGCGGCUCUCGCCCGAGAGCCCGGCUCGCCACCCGAAAGACAAGCUGCCUGACUUGCACACUAAGGAACACGCUGGGGGCGGACGGAGGGGGCCGGCCGCAGACCUGACCCCGCUGGACCUCAGCGACAGGUCGACCCGGGACGACCCCGGCCGUAAGGAGCUGGCCUCCUCCCUGCAGGCCGCGCUGGCCGUCCACCCGUGCCCUUACUGCAGCCACAAGACGUACUACCCCGAGGUCCUGUGGAUGCACAAACGUGUCUGGCACAAGGUCAGCUGCAGCUCCGUGACCCCCCAGUGGAUUCCUCCCAACGGUUACAAGAGCAUCAGGAACAACUUGGUUUUCCUUGCCCGGAGCGGACGCACGGGGCCCCCGCCUGCCCUCGGGGGCAAAGAGUGCCAGCCCCUGCCCAUCGCUCGGUUCACGCGCACUCAGGUACCGGGAGGGGCGCCGGGGCCCAGAGGCGGUUCCUCGCCCCUGGGCGUGACCACGAAAGCCGCUCACCUGCCUAAGAGCAAGGACGGCCACUCCGGGGGCCCCUGUGCGCUUUGGGCGGCCGGCCCCGAAGGGCACCGACAGGCCAGGCCUGGCCACCACGGCCCCGAGCAGCACGGCGCCCCCACGCAGCUGCCCCUGCCCAAGCCCAGGCAGGAGGCCGGCCCCCGGCCGGGGCCCGCGGCGGGCGGCGGUGGCUUCAGCCGAAGCGCCACCCCGACGCCCUCAGUCAUCGCCCGGGCAGGCGCCCAGCCCCCCACCGGCAGCAGGCCGGGGGACAAGUGCGGCAUCCCCCCCGCGGGGGCCGGCCUCGGUCCCCCAAAUAAGCACAGUGCCCCGGACCCCCCGAAAGCCAAAUUCGGCCCUCAGCCUCAGGGCCAGCUGCACGUGAAAGGCGACGGGACCCCCGCUCUACCUCCCCGCGAGCCCCCCUCCAAGGCGGGCCAGGAGCUGCGGCCGCCGGCCAGCUGUGGAGCGGGCCCCGGGGGGACCGCGGCCUCGCCGGGCCAGCCCCCGCUGCACACCAGCAAGCAGGAGCCCGCGUCCGACGGCCACGAGAAGCGCCUGGACAUCCUUAAUAUCUUUAAGACGUACAUUCCAAAGGACUUUGCUUCCCUCUACCAGAGCUGGGGUGCCAACGGCCCUGCACUAGAGCACAGAGCGGUGUUUGCACCUAACGGCCCCCGAAGUGCUGAAGCCCACGCCCCCUCCGCAGACGCCCCCAAACAAGGGAGAGACCGUUCUAACCCAGAUACCGUCCAGACAGUGCCUCUCGGAAAGGGAACCUAAGGACGCGUUUCCAGUGGACCCCGGUGCCCCGUGACCGCCGUGAGCAGUCCCCUGGUGGAUGACCGACAGUGACCCCGACCGCCCCGCCGAGGACAGCCACCGGACUCCCGACCGGACGCCGCACAGCCCGCAGCGGCCGCGCGGCCCUGGAGGCCGACGGGAGGCGCCUGUCCUUGAGCGACCUUGAAGGAUAAACGAGGACGGGCCUCCCUGCAGUGACGCGUGCCUGCUCUCCGCGCACACGUGUGCUGUCCGCCCCAGGCCCGUAUUUUCCUAGACCAGACGGUGGUGGCGGCGGGCACGCUGGGGCACGGGCGUCCGCGUCGGAGACACUGGAGGGGGACUCGUGUGCGCGUGGCAGAGACCGAAGAGGCCGAGCGCCGCGUCGAGGCGGCCUGUGCUCGCGGGGGGUGGGGGGGGUGGGGGACUGGCGGGUGACGCGCGGACGCGCGGUGGCCGAGCGGAGGCCGGCGGAGCGGUGGCGCCGCAGCCCGGCCUUGUCGCGGCGGGUGUUUAAAGUAGUCCGCGGAGGACAGGAAGGAGGUGGCGCCGGGGACGGCGGGGCCCGUGACGAGGGCCUGACUGUCCGGUGGCCUUGGGGGGCCCGUGCGCGUUACCCCGUUGGCUCUUUCCGUCCCUCCCAUCCCUUGUGCUCGGCCAGCCCGCGGAGGAAACACAUCUGUGGGAGGACGUACGUUCUGCUUCGGCAAAGAGCUAGUUAAACACUAAGAAAAGCAGGCUUCUUUGUUUAUUCUCAGGACCUUUUUGUAACAGGGCUACACUCUGUAAACUGCUCACGAAGGAACUGCCUGUCUUCACGAAUUCUCCAGCCACUGAACCCCCCCCCUCCCCCCGGUCCACACCCGUUUUAGUGAUGGCAGGAGAAUCCCUGAGCAGCUUUGGGGGCCCUGGUGCUCUGGAACCUUCUUUUCCCCCUCCCUCCCCUUCCCGUCUGUCCCUACACCAGCCCAGCAAGUCGGUGUCUUUUCUUCUUGGGCCCGGGGCCCUCCUCAGGAUGAGUUCCUUCAUUCCCAGAACGUGGAGGUCCCCAGGCCCGUGGGUGGGGGCGGCUUUAUAUACCUCUUCCUCAGUCCCGCAAAUGCAAGUUUUUGUGGUGGGGGUUAAGGCCCGUAACAAAGGAUCUUAAACCGUGCAGUGUAUGCAGUUAAAAUUGUAUUCCACAGAUAUAAAUAUUUUCUUUUCCUGUUACCGUGACACUGUGUGUGAUGGUAAUAUUUCUGAGAGUUUCAGAUUUUUGCACAUAUGAUUUUAUGCAUUAUCAAAAGUUACUGCUGCCUUGAAUGAAAAUGUUCUGUGAAAUUUUUUGCAAAAGCUUUACUAGGUUUUUUUUAAUUGUGAAAUUUUGUAAAGGCAGGAAAUGGAUUAAAAACAAGCAUGCUAAAUAUAUUUUUCAAAAAAGCAAUAAUUUUACAUGUACAGAAAUUAUCCUAACCUUUAAUACUGGUGAGAGCGACAGUUUACUUAAUACAGUAAUGGAUUCGUGCAGUUUUUUGUAGGAAACGGGCUUCUGAUACAAAGAUUUGUUGAAACGCGUGCGCGCGCACAUACACAAACCCUGACGUGUGGUUUUCCUGUUCUGAUGAUUUGUUGAAUUAUUAUUAUAUUAUUAUUAUUGUUGAUGUUGUUAUUAGUUAAUGUUUGGUUCUGGAUUCUACUUGUUACUGAGUUUAAAUUACUUGACGGUUCAGGUUACCUUGUGACACUUGCAGAUCAUGGAACGUAACUGGCUAGCUCACAUACACAUGUGUGUGCACACACACGUGUGUAUACACGUGUAUGUGUAUACAGGUGCACGUGUGUGUGUGUGUGUGUGUGUGUAUGUAACUUUCUUACUUAUUUUUUCCCGAUGAUUCUUGCACCAGAACGAUCUGUUGUGUUGGUGUAAUUGGGAUGUCCAUGCAGAUACCGUUACGCAGCUGGAAUAGACCGUUCUGUAAAGUCGUUUUGAGCAAAGUUGCAGCGACACAUUCCUCUGUUCACCUUGGAAGGCAAAACGCCUUUUUGUUGACUUAUGUUUGAUCACUUUGAUAGCCUGGGUCCCCAAAGCGAUCAAUUCUGCAUUUCGUUUUCUUGGCUGAACGUGAGCAGUGACGGUUCAGGAAUGCACAGGGGCUAGUGACUCAGUCCUGUCUGUCUCUCUGUGUCCUGGUCAUUAAAAGCAACUCUCUCUUCCCAAAGUGACACGGGAGGAAGUGUCGUGUCCGUUCUUACUGUCCCAGAAGCGGCACGCCGGGGCCCAGCUGGCAUUCGGAGCUGGAGGGACCCUCCCGGGAGCCGGCUUCCCGGGGGCGCCCGGUGGAGAGAGGGGCGCGUGCCUGGGGCCCCGUUGAAGAGCGCGCAGCCAAGUCAGCUGACGGAACUGUGCGCCGCGCAGAGUGCAGACGUAGGUUCCACGUGACUACACAGACGUCUAGGACCCUCCGAGGAAGCCGCCCUCCAAGGCAGGCGCAGCGUUCUCGGGCCUGACUGUGGUUUCUUUCUUCCACUGGUCAUCAGUAUUGUGUUGGUUUGUUAAUGCGUUUAUGUCAGUUUGGCCAUAGUAUUUAAUAUGAUUUGUGUUUUCUUAUUUAUUUAGCCGAUAUGUUUUGAUUCGCUGUUUUUCGAAUGAUAAUUUCCGCAUGAUCUCUCCUGUAGGUCACCUUCUGACUGUUACAGACUUCUACUACCUCUACCGAUCUGCUGUUUCCUUGUUUCUCAACAGGAUUUUUACAGUGUUGGCGUCUAAUGUAACUUAGACAAUAAAGGGUUUGGUUGUCUACACUGCAGCUUCUCGGUGUAUCUCCCCGCCCCCGCCUGCGCUCUCGCUGCUCCCGGCGCGGCUCUGUCCGUCUGGCUCUCCUCCUCGCCCUCUCCUGCUCCCCGCUCACGUCUCUUACCCGUUGUUGAACUCAAAUAACACAUAAAUAAUAAUGAGCUUGUAGGAAUCUUUCAGGUUAUUCACUCAUAUUCCUUAAUUUGAAGAAUGAACAUGUAAAUUCUCUGAAAAGUCGGCGGGCAAGCCUCUUCUCUGGAAGACGGUCCCCUCUUGUGCCAUUUCCCUGCCCGGUUUCCGAAGGUCUCUUGGCAUCUCAGACGGAUACGUUGCACCUUGGUCUAAACACAGUACAAAUGUUCAAGGCAAGUGGAUUUUGCCUUUUCAGUUUUGCAAAGUAUUAAGUGCUUUAAGAGGUCCCUCCGAUAUUGACUCAUUUAGUUUUUAAACCAAGAAAGACACUGGCUUCCUGCAAAGAAGGUACUCUAGGAAGUCACUCUGGCUGAUAAUUAAACGUGGCCGCUGGGUCAGGUCAAGCGAUGUCAAUUUUGACCAGUGUGUCAAGAGCCAUCUUCAGACUUGGCCACUCUGUCACGGGUUAUGUAACGUUCUAGAAACAUCUGUGUAAGGGGGCGCGCACACACACACACACACACACACACACACACACACACACACAGAUAUAGUGACUUAGCACUCGGUUAGGAUGGCUGUAGUGUGGAAUGCGGAAGUAACAGGUGUCUCUCUGGUGUUUCCCAGGGAGCUGGCUCAGGGAACUGUUUGUUCUUCCCACUGAGAGAGAGAGAGAGAGAGAGAGAGAGAGAGAGAAAGAGAGAGAGAAAGCGGGAGCAGCUCACAGGGUAAAUAUUGCACUUUCUGUGGAAAGUGACAGCGCUUGUCCAUCUGUGCCCGAGGAUACUACACCCCCUGGAUUCUCAUGGCCACGUUCUCCUCACCAGUAAUCCUGCUUCAACGCAAAACAAGCCAUCGCCCGCCAAGCCCUGAGAGGCUUCCGUAAUGUACAGAAAGGAGGGACUGUAUUUGCCUAACUUUUCCUUCCCACUUUGCAGACGAAGGAGCGUAUGCUGUUUUACUGCUUUUAACUUUGGUGAGUUCUAAUUGCAGAACGUUUUGUUCACUGAGAAAAAAAAAAAAAAAUCACAGGCCAGGACGUGGAGAGGUGGUUUAAGUGCCCUCCAGAGCCCCCCGUGGGCCUGCGUGACGGGACUGAGGGAGGCUGUUCAUUCGUCAUCAACUUUGCUAAUUAUGCUUUGAGGCAGUAAAAUGCAAAAGACCAUAGAAUUUGUAUUUCUUUUUUUAAAUACAAUUUAUAACAUUAUAUUUUGUACUCUUUAUAUUAGAAUUUGUAACUAGAUUGAUGUAUUUAACUCUAUUUCUGAAAAAAAUAAUUCAAUGUUUCAGUUAUGUGAUAAAAAUAUUUAGAUAAAACAUAUUCAUUCUAUUGGAAUUUGAAAUCAAUAAAAAGAUCUUGGAGUUCUUGA